AUGGCAUUGAUGAGAGGUAGAGAGAGAAAGGAGGAGAGGUGUGAGAGAGAGGGGGGAAGAAAGUUUUAUAGGAACAUGAGACUUCAAGGAAAUCGAGAGAGGCUAAAAGUUGCCAUUUUUAUACUUAUUUUUUUCUUCUUCUGCGUUAAAUAACUUCCACCCUUGUUACGUACUCGCUCUCCAUCUUUUUCCGGCGGCGGCGCUCCGCCGUCCGGAAAUACUCCCCACCGCCUUCAGUCCUUCGCCUUCUCAUUCUUUCUCACUUCAAGCUUAAGCAAUGGGAAUUUUUCAAGGAGUUAUUGAGGACAUCAAUGCAAGGAAAAUAUAUUACAAGCAAGAUUGGCUUGAUGCCGGCCGCUCAGGCAUAAGCAUAGUGGCUCCAGCAACAUACAUUUUCUUUGCUUCUGCUAUUCCAGUGAUUGCUUUUGGGGAGCAAUUGAGCACAGAAACAGAUGGAAGCUUGAGUACAGUUGAAACUCUUGCUUCUACUGCAAUCUGUGGAAUUAUUCAAGCAAUUUUUGGUGGACAACCUCUAUUGAUUUUAGGAGUUGCAGAGCCAACAAUCAUAAUGUACUCAUAUCUCUACACUUUUGCCAAGUCGAGUCCAGACAUAGGGAAGGAGCUUUUUCUGGCUUGGGCUGGAUGGGUUUGCAUUUGGACUGCCCUCAUGCUGUUUCUACUUGCUAUAUUUAAUGCCUGCAAUAUACUCAGUAGGUUCACAAGGGUUGCAGGGGAACUAUUUGGCAUGUUGAUUACAGUGCUUUUUUAUCAGGAGGCUAUAAAGGGGGUAGUGGGUGAAUUUGGUGCCCCUAUAGGCGAUCACGGGAAAGCUGAGGAUCACCAAUUCCAGUGGCUCUAUAUAAAUGGUUUGCUAGCAGUCAUCUUCUCAUUUGGAGUUCUCAUAACCUCCAUUAGAAGUAGAGAAGCUAGGUCUUGGCCUUAUGGUACUGGAUUUUUUCGAAGUUUUAUAGCGGACUAUGGGGUUCCCCUUAUGGUUGUGUUGUGGACAGCAGUCUCUUUUACUGUACCAAAGGAGGUUCCAUCGAGCGUACCUCGUAGACUUGUUUGCCCUCUUCCCUGGGAACCUGCAUCUAUGAAUCAUUGGACAGUUAUCAAGGAUUUGGGAAAAGUCCCACCACUUUACAUUCUUGCUGCCGCCAUUCCUGCUACAAUGAUAGCAGGUCUAUACUUCUUUGAUCAUAGCGUAGCUUCACAGAUGGCCCAACCCAAGGAAUUCAAUCUUAAAAAGCCUUCUGCUUACCAUUAUGAUAUCCUAUUGCUUGGUGUCAUGACUUUGAUUUGUGGAUUGCUUGGACUCCCUCCAUCAAACGGGGUCCUUCCACAAGCACCAAUGCAUACAAAGAGUCUUGCUGAGCUUAAGGGGCAGUUGAUGCGAAAGAGAAUGGUGGCAAGUGCAAAAGAAGGCAUGAAGAUGCAAGCAACCAAAUCGGAGAUUUAUGGGAGGAUGCAGGCUGUGUACGUUGAAAUGGACGCCUCUCCAGCUCCUGUAGCGGAAAAAGAGUUGCAAAACUUGAAGGUGGCUGUAUUGAAGAAUGAUGAUAAAGAUGGUGAUGGGAACUUUGACCCUGUGAAACAGAUUGAUGCCCAUUUGCCUGUGGGAGUUAAUGAACAAAGAGUUAGCAAUCUCUUGCAAUCCAUUUUUGUUGGACUUGCUGUGUGUGCAGUUCCUGUGAUGAGGAUGAUACCAACCUCAGUUCUUUGGGGGUACUUUGCUUACAUGGCAACCGACAGUCUCCCUGGCAAUCAAUUCUGGGAGAGAAUCGUUCUGCUUUUUGUUCCUGCUAAUAGACGAUUCAAGGUCUUGGAGGGCAUCCAUGCCUCGUAUGUUGAUUCAGUACCCUUCAAAUACAUUGUAGGUUUUACACUCUUCCAAUUUGUGUAUCUACUGUUCUGCUUUGGAGUCACAUGGAUACCAAUCUUUGGAGUGCUAUUCCCCUUGCCAUUCUUCGCUAUGAUAAGCAUUAGAGAACACGUUCUUCCCAAGUUUUUCCCAGCUGAUUACUUGAAGGAUUUAGAUUCAUCGGAGUACGAGGAAGUUGAAGGCCAUUCAUUUAACAUGGGGAGCAUGCAUAGCAGGGAUGGAGAAUCGCCAAAUCCCGAGGAUGAGGAUUACUCUUCUGCUGAGAUGUUGGAUGAGAUGACCACUAACAGAGGUGAACUAAGGCAUAGGUCUAUGAGCGUCAGGCAGUAUUAGAUGGAAUCCAACAAUCCACCAGAGGGCAAGAACCGGUGAUGCAGUGAGUGAUACGAACGCUUAUCGGGAUGAAGCGGCGUUACAUAAUGCCUGAUGUAGUGCAAAAUACACUGGGUUGGGUGAAAGGAGAAGAACCAUAGAAAUUUGACUACCCAAAUUCAAUGAAAGUGUGGAUAAAGUCAUUCAGGUUUUCUUUAUAUAACAUAGAUGGAUAUGAUGUUUAAUUUUUUUCUCCCAGAUUCUGGUUCUGGUACUAAUUUUGCUGCAGUGUUUUGUAUUGUUUUUCCUAG